AUGGCAGGCAUACAAUCCCAGCUCGAACGCGGCGCCGUCCCCAAUCACAUCUCGAACGUAUGCCCGGUUGGCACCAAGUUUCACGUGCUUGAGGUCGGUUGGCUCGAGUGCGACGAGGCCUUCGUGGUCCGCGGCGGCAACACCUCGACCAAAUCUACCGAGAACAAGGCCUUUGUCAACAAACGCCGCGAGCUCCCCUGCUACUGCAUUCUCAUCGAGCACCCUCAUGAGGGCCUCAUUCUAUGGGAGACCGGCUGUGGGAAAGACUAUCCUGAAGUAUGGGGCCCCGCGUUGGCCGACGUCUUUGCCAGAGUCAGGUAUGAGCCGAGACAUGAGCUGCGGGCGGCGGUCGAGGCUACAGGCAACAAGAUCGAGGACAUUAAGAAGAUCAUCAUCGGCCAUCUUCAUCUUGACCACGCCGGCGGGCUGGACGAGUUCCUCGACAGGCCUGACGUGGAGAUCUGGGUGCACGACCGCGAAUUGCGGAGUGCCUUUUGGUCCGUCGCCACGGGUGCCGACAAGGGCGUCUAUCUUGAGCACUACCUCAAGCUGGGCCUGAACUGGAAGACCUUUGACGACCAGACCUUCGACUUCUGCCAGGGCCUCACGCUACACCACUUGCCCGGACACACGGAUGGUUUGAUUGGUAUGCAAAUCAACAUGCCCGACUCCGGCACGUUCCUCUUUAUCAGUGACCACUGCCACGUCAUUGAAAACUGGCGAGACGGCAUCCCCCAAGGCUGGCUGGCGCGCGACCACCCGGCCUGGUUCCGCUCCACACAGCGCCUCAAGCAGCUCGAGCGCACCACCCGCGGCGUCGUCGUGCCGGGCCACGACAAGACUCUCUUUGAGAAUCUGAUCGCCAAGGGCACCAGCUAUACGUGA